UUCCUUUGUAUACAUUAGCAAGUUAACUUCAGCUGGCUUUUGGCAGCAGCUUGUUCAUGACAGCUUCUUCACUUGACUCCUGUCUUGGUAUCAAUGCAGAUCCAAUACAGAGAGCCAUCAGUUUCGAACAUGCAGUUGAUCAUGGAGGAUGAGAUCGUUCUUUUAGUAAUACUGCUGCUGCAACCAGUUAUUGUCGAACUAAUGUUCACGGAUUAUAGUGUCGUCAGUGUUGUUUUUUAUCAUUUACCUUCUACCAUUUAAUGGAAUUGUUAAGGUGUUAGCAAUAAAACUAAUUCAGUGACAAAAGACUGGCAUCAAGUUCUGAAAUAUGUUCACCUAAUUUUUUCAUACGUUGAACAUAUAAGUGCUCUGAUACUUUUAUAAAGAAAAUACGAUAUUUAACCUCUGGAAAAUCUGUCAUUUAAUUAAUAUUUUUGUACUUAUAAUAAAUCAAAUUAAUUAAUUGAGAGAGGCUUGAAUUAUGACAACAAUACAGGACUCCAAUAAUUAUCAAAAACGUCUAGAACACAUCUGAAGAUAUGACAGAGGCACUAAUACCAGCUGAUCCGUCUCUUUCACCAUCGGAGGAACGUCGACGGACUGGUCGGUACGUCGCUGUAAGUCUGGUUGUCAUAGCUUGCCUUCUGGGGCUGCACCACGCUUUCGUAAAGCAGAACGUGGUCCUCGCUGGUCUCAUAGUGCCGGCUCUCAUCAUGGUCUUCUACAUCCUCUGGGUCCUGCACACCGCCAAGAAGGCCAGCUGCAAGCACGCUGGUCUCGAUGCCAAAGAAGUUCCCACGGUAAUUAUCGAAGAAGCAACACCUUCACCCUCUGAUUCAGAGACACAUAUACCAACGUUACAAACUGCAUCUGGUUUUCUGAACAACGCAGCCGAAGUUCCUUAAUACAAGUGUUUAAGAUAUAAUCAUGUCAAAAUUAUGUACUUAUUGCUGUGUGCGAGAAACAAGGACAUGCAAGAGACCGCAAGGGAAGUGUCGAACAGUUCACACCGUUCCGGCUGGCUUUCGUGUGUUAAGUUUAUCAAAACAUAAAGUUGUCAGCAAUUAAUAAAUUAACUGACACUGUUUUAUGUGCAAACUAUUUAUCUGCUGGCAAAGGACGGCGCACUUAAGCAGACCGAAUGAUAGGACAGACGAAACAAUGCAGAGAAAACCAAACACUGUACAUGAGAUGAGAGGAUCGUGCUCCAAUAAAACUAUUAUGAAUGAGAAAUUAAGCAUUGAAAAGUGAAGUGUUUCACGGUUACAUCAAAGCACCGGGUACUGACACCACAUAGCGUGUAUACCCUUUAGAUACCAAUGGUAACUAUGUGUUCCAGCCGCUUCAACAAUCAAUAAAUGUUAUGGUUUCACAUUAUUCUCACUGUAAAUAGGGAUCAUUUCUUAAAAGAUCAUUAACCAAAUGAUAUUUGUAAUGGUGAAGUGUGGCGUUUCCUUUGCGGUACGGACUGAAUUAUUAAGCAAUAUUUAGACGAGCUUAGGCUUCGAAGGGUUAAAAUUCCUGUUGAACCUAAAUAUUUCCGCUUCUAUAAUUUACUGUAUUAAAUAUCUUAUUUCUCAAUAACAUUUACCAAACAGUAUGUUAAUGUUGAGAAAAUAACAGUGAUGCAAAUAAAAGACUGCUAUUUAGUGGCGUUUAUAUAAGUAAAAUGUUUUAUUUGAAGUCAAUACACAAUUUUAAUUGGAAGAUCCAAAGGGAGACAUCUUCGUAAAC